GAGAGAAAGCACGCGAGAGAGGAACACCAAACCUAACAGAAGACCCGCGCUCCGAACUAUUGCGACACGGAGCGAGGAGCGCGGCGGAGUCUGGCGGCGAGCGCAGAAAGAGCCCCCGCACCUCGGAGACGGCGCCCAGCCCGACGGCGGCCCCUAGCCCGCCACCAUGAACACCAUCGUCUUCAGCAAGCUCAGCGGCCAGGUGCUUUUCGAGGAGGACGCCAAGGAGCGGGAGCGGAGCGGCCGGCCCUACGUGGGGGUGGUGGAGGGGCCGCACCACGCCGAGGUGCUGCUUCCCGACAGCCCGUCCAUCAAGGAGAGCCUCAGCCUGCGGAACCGGCGGACGGGGGCGCGGCAGAGCGGCGGGAAGGUGCGGCACAAGCGGCAGGCGCUGCAGGACAUGGCGCGACCGCUCAAGCAGUGGCUCUAUAAACACCGCGACAACCCCUACCCCACCAAGACCGAGAAGAUCCUGCUGGCCCUCGGCUCUCAGAUGACCCUGGUGCAGGUAUCAAACUGGUUUGCCAAUGCAAGACGUCGCCUGAAGAACACUGUCAGGCAGCCAGAUCUUAGCUGGGCUUUACGAAUAAAACUGUACAACAAAUAUGUUCAGGGAAAUGCUGAACGGCUCAGUGUGAGCAGCGAUGACUCCUGCUCUGAAGAUGGAGAAAAUCCUCCAAGAAACCAUAUGAACGAAGGGGGAUAUAACAAACCAGUUCAUCACACUGUGAUUAAAACUGAAAGUUCAGUAAUAAAAACAGGAGUGAGACCAGAAACAAGUGCCAAUGAGGAUUAUGUGUCACCCCCCAAAUACAAAAGCAGCUUAUUGAAUCGUUACCUAAAUGACUCACUGAGACAUGUCAUGGCUACUAAUGCAGCUAUGAUGGAAAAAACAAGGCAAAGGAAUCACUCUGGCUCAUUUAGUUCCAAUGAAUUUGAGGAGGAAUUGGUGUCUCCGUCAUCAUCAGAGACAGAAGGAAAUUUUGUCUACCGGACAGAAACUCUGGAGAAUGGACCAAAUAAGUGUGAAAGUGCAGCUAACAGAAAAGGAACCAGCAAAGAUGAAACGUACUGGAAGGAGAUCAACGCAGCUAUGGCCCUAACAAACCUUGCCCAGGGGAAGGAUAAACUGCAGGGAACUACCAGCUGCAUCAUUCAGAAAUCAUCACAUAUAUCAGAAGUAAAGACUGUUAAAGUGCCAUUACUUCAGCAGUUUUAAGAGAUGGGUCCUUUGUCCUUUUCCUGUCAAACAGACA